CACUCGCGAUCGCAGCAGUCUCGUGUGGCGAACAAAAAACAAAAUAAGGAAAAACAUGGAUCUCCAGAGUGUCCUGGAGAAGUGCGGCAACUUUGGCCCCUACCAGAUACUGCUCCUGGGUCUCUUCGGAUACACAAAUAUAGUGUCCUCCUUUCACUAUUUCUCGCAGACCCUCAUCAGUUUUACACCCGCACACAGAUGUUCUGCACCCUUUAAGGAUCUGCCUGGCAACGUCACCCUCUUGGAGGUUGGCUCCUGCAGUGUUCGGCAAUUCGACGAUGACAUGGUUUCCUAUGGCGACAUCAAGUGCCACUCAUGGGAAUUUGACAGGGAAAGCAACUAUGAGAGCAUCACCACCGAGCUGGGUUGGGUGUGCGAUGAUGCCUACAAACUGGCUGUGGGUCAGUCCUUCUUCUUCAUUGGCUCUGCCCUGGGCAGUAUUUUCUUUGGCUAUUUGGCUGAUCGCAUUGGUCGGUUGCCAGCCUGUGUCCUGACCACCUUAACCGGAGCCUCUGGUGACUUCUUCACAUCCUUUGUGAGCAGCCUGCCCUGGUUCUCGUUCACGCGCUUCAUCUCUGGUCUCUCCAUGGACACACAGUAUGUCCUUAUGUACAUUCUGGUCUUCGAGUACUUGAGCCCAAAGCACCGAACCUUCGGUCUGAACAUCAUUCUGGGCGUCUUCUACUGCAUCGGUCUGGUGAUCUCGCCCUGGAUGGCCAUCUGGCUGGGCAACUGGCGCAGUUACCUGUGGGCAGCCUCUCUACCAGCAUUGGGAAUGCUGAUCUAUCCUUUGUGCCUCCACGAGAGUGCCGAGUGGCUACUCACCAAGGGGAAGUUCGACAAGGCUGUUAGCAGUCUUAGGAGCAUUGCCAAGUUCAAUGGGCGGCACGUGGAGGACUCCGUUUUCGAUGAGUUCAUUAAGCAUUAUCGCGAGAAGCUCAACGCCGCACAAAAGACAUCCUCAGAUACAUUCAUUGGGAUGCUGAGGACUCCAAGACUGAGAAAGUUUACCAUUAUUCUGCUAAUCAAAUCAAUGAUCAUCACCAUAGCCUUUGAUAUCCUGAGCCGCAAUGUGGAGGGCGUGGGCAUCUCGCCCUUCAAACUCUUCUCUUACUCGGGACUCUGCUAUUUGCCCGCUGGCUUAACCAUCAUUCUGUUCCAAAACAAAAUCGGACGCAAGGGCAUGGCCUGUGCCUCGCUCUUUGUGGGUGCCAUCAUCACAGCGGCCACUGGUUACCUGGUUGCCAUUCUUGAUCCAGCGGACUACUCCAUACUCUUGGGCUUCAUGGUUAGCCUGGGCAGAUUUGGGGGAACUGUGGCCUACGACGCAGAGGCCCAGUAUGCGGCGGAGAUUAUUCCGACCAGCGUGCGAGGACGCGGAGUUGCCAACAUCCAUGUGGUGGGCAAUGCCUUCGCCUUCUUCAGCUCGUACAUCAUCUUUCUGGGCACCUUCUUUAAGCCCCUGCCCUCGCUGAUCAUCAGUUUCCUUCUCUUAAUCGGGGCGGCCCUGUGUCUUACUCUUCCCGAAACACUCAACAAGAAACUGCCACAGACUUUGGAGGAGGGCGAGGCGUUCGCCAAGGGCGAAAAGUGGUACUAUUUUCCCUGCUUCUCGCGCAGACAGCAGACAGACAAAUCCUCAUCUCAGUUGGAGUCAGCCAACGAAAUUACAAAGUAGCCAUAGUAAAUGUAUAAAAACACACAAUAAAAACAAAUUAAAAAUCACAAAUA